AUGUUCAAAACACAUAUAACUAUUCACCCAUGCGAUGAGUCACAUUGUUGCAUCAUUUUCCGUCGCCGUUUGCAUGGUGACUUGCCACCUUUUUGUGCAUUCACCGAGGUGCUGCCUCGGGAUUGGCUGUGCCAUGCUUCGAGCAGCACUGGCCGGGCUGCUUACUUUGCGGCGCGCGAUUGGCUGGAUGCACUCCGCUACCUCCGCUGCGCAGCCCAACAAUCGGCUGCUUCAUUACUCAUGAUGCCUCUACUUCGUAGGAAGUUAAUGAGAUCCCCUUCUGUCCAGAAGGGUACUAACAGCGGUAAAGAAGUCGAUAUCCUGAGGAGUAUCCAGAUGCGUGGCAUCGGAUUAAGCGGACCCUGUAAGACACCCGAUUUUGUGCCCGCUUCCAUCUACCUCCGAGGGCAAAAAUCAGACCAGGAUAUCGGGUUAGAAGACACAACGAUGACAGACUCUCUGCUUGAUUUUUCAACAGCACCGGCGUCAGCACCGUCGUCUCCAAUCCGCAUACCCAACGGCGGGACACAUCUGGUUGAUUUUGAAGUCAAAUUACGAAGAGGGAGGAAGGGUCUUGGACUCCGAUUAGUUGGAGGAGCAGAGGAAGGCACCCAGGUGCAUGUAGGAGCUAUCACCCCGGGUGGACCAGCAGAACUCAGCGGUCAAAUUUUUCCCGGAGAUCAGCUAGUCGCCAUCAAUGGAGUUUCCGUUCUUGGAGCCACUCAUACUGGCGUUGUCCACCUUCUCAACGUCACCUCUCGCAGUCCUUCGGGAAAUUUUCCCUCCAACACCACAAUCACUCUCUCUUUUCGGGGUUAUCGAUCUAACCCGACCUCAUUUGGCAAUGGCUCCUCCAUGGAACACAUUGACUCAAUUCAGGCUUACUCACCCCUCCGUCAAUACUCUUUUAGGCGGUCUUGUAGUGAAGAUUCCUCUAUCAACUUAUGUGCAAUUACCCCGGGUGGACCAGCCGACAGGAGUAAGCAGUUGCACGUUGGUGACAAAAUCACCGAAAUGAACGGAUAUCCGUUGGCGCUGCAGUCACACGCCGAUGUGGUGGAACAGCUCUGCACAAAGCACCACCGUCUGGAGCUUAUAGUGGAGCGACAACAAGCUAGAAAAGUAUUCCAAAUUCCCGCCGAGGAGGCCGAUAUAUGCCAAAAGUCUGCAUGGUGGGCGACUUACUGUUAUCAUAUUUUACUAGUUCUAGAUGCCAAUGAUAAUACUAUGCUAGCUAGAUGGUCAGAAAGCCGAUCAAACGAGCGUCGAAAGCAACAACAACCAAGCUUUCUUGAACCCGUACCAGAAGCUCUUGAUUCUUCCUGGAAUUCUCGAACUCCUUCCCCACUAAGCUGCAAUUUAAAAGAAUCAGGAUGCUACGCCGUGGAUUUGACAGCGGAUGAGCGAGGAUUUGGUUUUUCUUUGCGCAUGAGUCAGGGCCUUCACCGAGGCACUAUGACCAUACUGCAUAUUGAGAAAGGAGGUCCCGCAUUUCGUGACGGGAAAAUGCAGGUUGGUGAUGAAGUUCUGGAGAUAAACGGGACUCCAACAGAAUCCCUGACAUACACACAGGCGGCUAAAGUAGUCAAAUAUGGUGGAGAACAUAUUCAUCUAAAAUUGCAGCGUGUGAACACACGCAUCUACGACCUGUCUGUUUGA